AUGUCCUGGCCUUUGGCAGCUACCGAGUCUCGCGAGUCGAGGCCUGGACUUGAUGCGUCAGAUGACUCUGGUUCGUGCCCGAGGCCGCCGGAUGCUGCCUUGUUGCCGCUCCGCAAGUCGCAGCACUCACUACCCGUGCUCGACACGGACUCCAUCCCAAGCCCCGGUGCCUCUACCUCUACUGCCGAGGAAAAGGUCGAGAAACCAUCGCGGGCAAAACAUCAUCCAUUCCGCUCAUACCACCCAACGUCAUCAAUUUCGCCCAAGUACAUGGUCCAAAAUAUCAAACACCAGACCAAGGCUUUGCCGUUGGAGCAGUCAACUCUCGACGAUGCCGAGUUUGAGGCCUUGACAAGGCUCAUGGACGAUAAACAGAAACGUACAGUGCCUGGUCUCAAAAGAAAGACAGCCUUCAGGGCACUGUACAUUUUAGUUAUUGCAAUCAUUGUGUAUUUCGCGCUGGUUGGAUGGCCCAUCUGGCCCGGCGCCGUGCUCUCCUUCUGGCGAUGGUAUGAGGGCGCGGCGGGCUCGCAGCACAUCUCUGGGCUGGUGGCCUUUCUCGUCGCGGGCAUGAUACGAGAUGUCCUCCCUCAGUUUCUCAGCAAGUUCGAGAGUCCAGCCGAGGAGACGACCGCGCACAGUGACCAGGGCGUGUCUCAGACCUGCGUCAUCAUUUCGUGUUACAAAUCCGCCGAGACGCUGCGCUCAACACUGCCGGCGUGUCUGCAAAUCUUCAGGCCCAACCAAGUCUUCGUCGUGGCCAACGGCAAUUCGAGCGUCCCGCUCGACAAUACCGCCGAUGUGUGCUCCGAGUUUGGGGUGCGGCACACUUGGCUUCCCGUGGGCAGCAAAAUCACCGCCCAGUUUGUCGGCGUCAUGGUAGGCACCGAGUUCGAGUACUGCUUACUGAUAGACGAUGACGUUCUGCUGCCGCCCAACUUGCCCAUCCCGACGCACUGCUUCACCGGCCCCGGCCGAGAGAGCGUGGCGUGCGUCGGAUACACCAUCAAGAGCGUGGGGUCCAGUUCGUCCCGCGGAACGAUCAUCCAGCAGGCCCAGGACCUCGAGUACAAGCUCUCGGGGCUGUCAAAGGUGUUCCAGGCCAAGUUCGGCGGCGCCAUCUUCCCUCACGGGGCCAUCUCCCUGUGGCGCCGCGACGUGCUUCAGCAGCUGCUACGCGGCCAUCCGGGGUACUCAAUCUCCGAAGACUGGUGGCUUGGCCACACGGCCAGGGCUGCCGGCUACAGCAUCAUGAUGAGCUCGUCGGUUUUUGUCGAGACUGAAACCCCGCCACGUCUCUUCCCGUACUGCCUCCCUCGCAAGCGAUCCUCGCGCUCUGGCUACGGCGAGAUGUCGGUCGUUCAGCAGCGCUUCUUUCGCUGGAAUUUUUUCUUCCUCUUUCGUGUCUGGUCAAACGCCAUGUAUGUGCUCUUCUGCUGGCGGCUGGGCUGGCGGAUGCUCAUCAUGAAGAUUUACGCCCUCGGAGAGAGCUACGACACGCUUCUCCUCCUAAUCACUCCGGUCUUUUUGCCCGUGGCCUUGGCGGCCAACUGGCGCUUGACGUUGACGCUUUGGUUCGGAACAAUCUUUGCGUACUUCAUCCUCUGUUGUUGGUUCAACAUUGUGCACCUGGGGCUUUUCAGACGCAAGGCUCCGACGGACGAGCGAGUGUCGUGGCUGGCACUCCCACCGUUCUUGAUCCUGAAAAUGCUCAUGAUCUUCGUGGCGGUAGGGAGCGUGUAUUGGUCUAUCUACCAGUACGCCCUGUUCUUCACACGGCAGCACCUCCGAGUCACUGAGAGCGUGCCGGCUUGGAAUGUAAUCAGAGAAAAGAAUACGAAAACGACCCUGGAGGAUCCUGAGCUCGGCGGCAUCGCGCCUGAUCACUCCGAGGAGAAGAAUUUGCAAGCAGUAUGUAGGGAAGCCAUGGGUGGGGAGUCUGGGAACAGCGAUACGGAAAGUCACAAGGUUGAAAGGUUGAAAGCCUGA